AUGGUUUCGUUUUUUCAUCGCAAAAAGCAUGAGAACAGCUCCGCCGCCUCAUCAUUGAGAGGGCAGGAUGGGGUUGCCACGGGAGUAGUGGCGCAGCAUCCUUCACUUGGUUCGUCCGAGCAGCCAUCUACAGCAACUGCUGCUCCGUCCCCACUUCCUGCUGCAACUCUGGCGAUGCCAGCGGCGUCGUUGCCGCCUCCGUCAGUUAACGUCAAAAGUGCGUUAUUACCACCGCAGCAAGCAGUUGCCACACAUCCCGCAGGCAUGUUGCCGCCGCCGCAAUCCAAGAGUGGGCUCCAGACACCGGAACUCAUGCAGUCAACUUCAGUGGACCGACGAGGGAGUGCGUCCUUGCAUUCGACACAUCUGCAAGGAAACCAACUGCAGCUGCCUCCUGGGACGAGGCUUGUGGGCGGCUCUCCACCUCCGGGGGUCAAGAUGAUGAUGAAGGGCCCUCCACUGCCUCCUGGGGUAAAAUUUAUAAAGGGGCUCCCACCGCCUGGAAUGAUGAAAAAAAUAAUGAUGCCUGGCGGACCAUUUGUGAAAAUGCCAAUGAUGCCACCGCCACAGUCAAAGCAGUUGGCGCCAGCUUUGAAGAGCCCUAUGGCACCGCCUCCACCGGGGGGUUUGCCACCAAGGAAGUCCUUGUCAUCCGCUCCGCAGUUGAAAGUGGUUCAAAUGGGAGCCUUACCAUCGCCCCAACAGAUUCCCACCAUUCCUCCUAUGCUUCAUAGCAAUAGUGUCUCGGUGGAAAAGGAGCACGCAAUUACUCCUCCACAGCCUGAGAAAAAAGAAGACGACGACAGUAUUUCUGUAUCUAAGCCCAAAUCGAACUACAUGGAUGAGUCAAUGCUGAGACCGGAUGCCCCGCGGAACCUGACGGAUAGCGAGAGUGAAAUUCAGUUUGCUGUUGAAGAGGACCCUCCUGUGGCGGGGACACCAGUAUUAUUACGGAAGUCUCCAGAACGGAGCCCCCCCAACCCUUCCAAUACCUCUUUGAUUGAGUUCAAUGAGGAAAGAACCCCGUCACCAACGCCACAUUUAGUUCAGAGUGAGGAUCUGACAAAAACUCAGGAAAGCAGCGUGUCACACCAACGCCUUCAAACGUCGUUACUGUCUACGUCAAAGUAUUCCCGUACUAUUUCUCAGGGGGAAACUAAAAAGCUUGAAGAUAAAGAGGAACACCAUGAUGAAUCAAAUUUGCUCAACUCGGUGGAUCACCGCCCAGGUGUAGGAUCAAGGGAAGAAGACGAAAAAAAGCCCGAGACUUCUAUAAAUCAACUAAAGAGGAAUCAAGUUGCUGCGUCAGACGUGAUGCCUGACCUUUCGCCGGUUGUCGUAGAACACAUUAAGAGUCAGAGGCUAGAACAGGUUACAAGCGCCUUGAGGGAGUCUUCUACCCACCUUGAGGAAGAUAAUGCAAUACCCUUUAGUGAAGGUAAACUUUCCCCUAGUUCUCGUAGCCGUAUUGUGGAGCAGUUUUUUUCUAUAUUGUCGCCGCAACAAUUUUACGGAAAGGUCACCAAACUGCAUGGUAUUCAGCUCAUGAAGAAGGAUACUGAACGGCCUUCAGGCCUUAAAGAACACAAAACCAUUUUUGUAGCAACAAAAGGAGUUUUGCCCAAUCAAUUUUUUUAUCCGCAGCUGCGGCUGUUGGAGUCGGAUGGGGCCCAGGCAAGUUGUGAUGGAUCCUCUGAAUACUUGGAUACCCCCAUCGUUCUUUACGAGGCCGCACCUGGAAACAUGCUCUUUGCUGAAACGGUGCUUGAGGCGAAGCAUAGUCUUGAGAGCAACUCUGCUGCGACGAGUUGUUUUGUAUUGGAUAAAUCUGCAAUUCUUUUUAGAGACCCAGCGAAGUUUGCACUUCCACUCGCGAUGUUGACGGUGCGGUGGGUCCCGUAUUCCGUGGCGCAGUCUGAACCUCAGUGCCCAGUGCACCACAAAGAGCUGCAGCUGUUUGAUCGAUUUUCGAAGAGCUUGCUGUGUGCUCUGUGUGUUUCAAAGAAUGCGUCCCACGUCGACGACUUGGUUGUCAUUCCGGAGGUUCUUGAUGGUGACUCUCGGCUCCGAAUUUUGGAGCGGCUUUCGGAGCAGGCGCAAGGGGUGCGGCGAAGUGCCGCACGCUGGGUGAGUCAGCAUCAAAGAAUCAUGUCUAUUGCGAAGCACAAAAAGGAUGCUGUCAAUCAACAGUUUGAUUUACUUCUGGCUGCUGUUGAGGCGAAGCGGGAGGAGUUUUUGGAGCAUUGUGAUGUUGUAUUUGGUUAUUCACUGAGCAAUAUCGCGAAGGAGAUUCUUUCCGAGGAUGAACAUGUGCGGUUGCUACAAGCCGCAAUUGAUCACCUGCAAACGGAAGGUGUAAAACCGCUGUAUUCAAUGCAGAUUGCCACGGUGGCGAACGCACUGCAUGCCUCUGAGGAGUUCCCGAAGCCCAUUUCACUGGAGUCGCUUGAGCUGCCGAUGCGAACAAACGAACUUACCCCAAAUCUACAGCGGGCAAUGGCGGAGCUGCAGUGUCUGUCGCCAGUGUUUGCGAGGACUAAUUCGAACCGUUCACAUUCUCCGUUUAGGUUUAAGACUCUGGAGGAGCGGACGAUUCCGCGGGAGCUGCAUCAGCACGAGCACCAACAGGAUCGGAGGGAGCGAAGCCAGGUGGUGACAAGAAGUGCAGAAUUUGAAGAACCAUUUCCUAUCAGAGUACAGAGACCACGUUCUUUUCCACGGAGACGCGGAAGCCGAACUGGGAGCAUUCCUACUUUCCGUGGGAAAACCAGUGUGCCACCACGACAGCGACCCAUGCGGUUUCUACUGCGUGGUCAGGAGGCGGCUUUUGAGAUGGAUAGAAUUCGUACGCCAACCCAGCGAAAUCAUUUGGGGCAGUGGAUAGCCAUUCCGGGAUGCCGUGGAACCUGCUUGCUUGAUGUGCCUAUUCAUGAGCUUAUGGCAGAUGAUGAUGAUGUGAGAAACGCGCGGAGAAGGCCAAAAUGUCUAGAGUGGUCACUGCGGGUGGAAGAUCCCGGUGAGUGGGUGGGUAUUGGCGUGGGGGUUGGGGGUCAUCUAAAGGCUUGGGCUGCGAGCCGCACUCCCGACUUGAGUCACCUUUGGGUGCUGACAUGUAGCAACACAAGGCGCUUGUUCCUACUUAGAGUGACGUUUAACCCGAAUGUUGGACACGCAAAGCUUUCUAUCCACGAUGGGAAGGGCAAACAGCUCGAUGAUGGGCGGAUACCCCAAUGGAACGCAACGCGUAGCUGCUACCCCCAAGUCACUUUUGGCGGCCGCAUUGGUGAGGUUAGCCUCAUAGAUUGGCCUCGCGUUGUGUCGAGGUGA